CAAUCCUGAACGCACCUGCUGGGAGCCAGCCCAAAGCUGGCUGUGAGCUGUUCUACUGGCCAGACGUAUGUAAAGCUGGAGGUCAGAACUCUGCCUAAUAAAACAGCUCUUGUGUUUUCAGAAUGAUCUGGAAGAAGUUGGAAAAACAGAAAACCAUAUCAUCGACUGCCUGGUAGCUAUGGUUGUCAAACUUUCCGAAGUCACAUUCAGACCUCUGUUUUUCAAGCUGUUUGAUUGGGCCAAGACAGAGGACGCCCCAAAGGACAGACUGUUGACGUUUUACAACUUGGCGGAUUGCAUUGCCGCAAAACUGAAAGGGCUCUUUACUCUGUUCGCCGGCCACUUGGUGAAGCCUUUUGCUGACACCUUGAACCAGGUGAACAUCUCCAAAACAGAUGAAGCGUUUUUUGACUCUGAAAAUGACCCUGAAAAGUGCUGCUUGCUCUUACAGUUUAUCCUGAACUGUUUACAUAAAAUCUUCCUGUUUGACACCCAGCACUUUCUAAGUAAGGAGAGAGCAGAAGCCCUGAUGAUGCCUCUGGUGGACCAGGUAACCCAGUCAAACCGUCUUUUAACUUCUCACUUUUUGUGGAUUUAACUUGUCUUCACUGGUGGUUUUACUG